AUGUCGCCAGCACCAUCAGCUUCGACGUCGGCAUCGGCAUCAGCCUCGACGUCGACCUCAUCCCAGCCCAGCAUGACGCAGCACCCCUCCCACGUCACCACGCGGAUAGCACGCUCGGUGGCGGCCGACCGCCCCUUUUGGUCUUUCGAGUUCUUCCCGCCAAAGACGACCCAGGGCCUGGCCAACCUCUACAGCCGCGUGGCCCGCAUGCGCUCCAACCUCGACCCAGCCUGGAUCAACGUCACCUGGGGCGCCGGCGGCACCACCACCGCCAGGUCGCUCGAGCUCGCAGCGCGCGUACAAAAGGGCCACCUGCACCCGGACCUCGAUCGGGUGCGCGGCGAGGCCAACGACGUCGAGCAGGGCCAGGCUGGCUUCACGCGCGUCAACGGCGGCGACGCAGACACUGCCGUCGGCCAGGACGCUUGCGACGUCUGCCUCCACCUCACCUGCACCAACGUCGAAAAGGAGGCGCUCGACGCCACGCUGCAAAAGGCAAAGGAGCUCGGCGUGCGCAACAUCCUCGCCCUCCGCGGCGACCCUCCGCGCGGCCAGGAGUACUGGGUCGCCGCAGACUCGCGCUUCCAGCACGCCAUCGACCUCGUCCGCUACAUCCGCCAGGAGCACGGCGACUUUUUCUGCAUCGGCGUCGCCGGCUACCCCGAGGGCCACGCCGACUACGUCGACCGCGACGUCCAGCGCGACAUUCGCCACCUCAAGGCCAAGCAGGACGCCGGCGCCCAGUUUGUCAUCACCCAGCUCUUUUACGACGUCGACCAGUUCCUCGCGUGGUACCGCGACUGCCGCGCCGCCGGCAUCACCAUCCCCAUCCUGCCCGGCAUCAUGCCCGUCCAAAACUAUCUGAGCUUCCGCCGCAUGACCAACCUCUGCAAGGCCAAGGUGCCCCAGCCCGUCCUCGACGCCCUCGAGCCCAUCAAGAGCGACGACGCGGCGGUCAAGGAGUACGGCGUCUCGCUCAGCAUCCACAUGAUUGCGCGCAUCUACCUCGAGUCCGACAUCCGCGGCUUCCACCUGUGCACGCUCAACCUCGAGAAGAGCGUCGAGCGCGUGCUCGAGGGGCUCGGGUGGCAGGCCGACCGCGGCGCCGAGGCCGAUGACCUCUCGGGACCCACGGCCGCCCUCGCCGCCGAUGGAGAUGCAAGCGCGCCGCCGCCGCACAAGCACCUCGAAGCGACGCGCAACCAGAUGCUCUCGGACCGGACGGGCCACAACACGCCGCGCGACCUCAAGCUGACGACGGCCGAGGCGCUGCGGCGCACGCUGGCGCGCACCUCGAGCUCGUACCAGGUGCCCGAGACGUCGACCUGGGACGAGUUCCCCAACGGACGCUACGGAGACUCGCGCUCGCCCGCCUACGGAGAGAUGGACGGCUAUGGCGUGUCGCUCAAGGUGCCGCCGCAGGACGCGCUGCGCAUCUGGGGCCAUCCCGUGGCGCACGCCGACAUCUCGAGGAUCUUUGCCGCCUACCUCGAGGAGCGCAUCGCCUGCAUCCCGUGGUGCGACGCGCCGCUCAUGGCCGAGACGGUGCGCAUCCGGCCGCACCUGCUGCAGCUCAACCUGGCGCCGCAAAACUGCCCGCACAACGGCGAGUGCAAAGGGUGGUGGUCGGUCGGCUCGCAGCCCGCCGUCGACGGCGCACCCUCGACGGACCCGACGUUUGGAUUCGGGCCCAAGGGCGGCUACGUCUUCCAGAAGGCGUUUGUCGAGGUGUUUAUGAGCACAAAGGACAAGGACGCGCUGGUGGCCAAGAUCGAGGGCGAGGGGCGCGGCGAGGUAUCGUACUUUGCGGGCAACCGCAGGGGCGCCUUCCAGAGCAACCUCGGCGAGGGCGAGGUCAACACCGUCACCUGGGCCAUCUUUCCGGGCAAGGAGAUUGUGCAGAGCACCAUCAUUGAAAAGGAGAGCUUCGAGGCUUGGAGGGAAGAGGCGUUCGCGAUCUGGUCCGAGUGGGAGCUCCUCUUCCCACCCGCGUCGGCGACGCGCCAGCUGCUCCGCAACAUCGGCGAGGAGCGGUGGCUCGUCACUGUCGUCCACCACGAUUACAAGGACGUCGAUGCGCUCUGGAACUUCCUCGGUUGUAGUACCUAG